AUGUCAGCCAACCUUACGGAGGAACAGAUAGCAGAAUUCAAGGAAGCUUUUGCUUUGUUCGACAAAGACAACAAUGGGUCAAUUUCGUCGUCCGAACUUGCUACAGUGAUGAGAUCAUUAGGAUUGUCCCCCAGUGAAGCCGAAGUAGCUGAUCUCAUGAACGAAAUUGAUGUCAACGGGAACCAUAAAAUCGAGUUCAGCGAGUUUUUGGCGCUGAUGUCCCGGCAAUUGAAAUCCAACGACUCUGAGCAAGAACUGCUGGAAGCUUUCAAGGUGUUUGACAAAAACGGUGACGGAUUGAUUUCUGCUGCUGAACUCAAGCACGUGUUGACUUCGAUCGGAGAAAAGCUCACUGAUGCCGAGGUUGACGAAAUGUUGCGUGAAGUGAGUGAUGGAAGUGGUGAGAUCAACAUCAAGCAAUUUGCGGCGCUCUUGUCCAAAUGA